AUCGCAAAGCUGCAUUUGCCACGGUUUGUUAAAGCCAUUGCCUUAAUUGGCUUGCGAAAGCCAUCACCUUAUGGCAUUUUAUUUGCAGCAUCCGAGAAACUGAUUGCCGAGUUAAACGAAACUUGGGAAGAAAAACUGCGCAAAACGGAGGAAAUACGUAAGCAACGAGAAGAUGAGCUUCGUGAGAUGGGCCUAGCAACGGGAGCCGAUGAACUAUGCCCGUAUUUUCUGGAGGUAAUACUUUUUCAGUUGCCACACCUUGUAAAUCUCAACGAGGAUCCUCUGAUGUCCGAAUGCUUGCUCUACUAUCUGAAAGAAGGAAUUACAAGAGUUGGACGACCGGAAGCAUCUCACCGCCCAGAUAUUUUACUCAGCGGCCAGCUUAUCCUCGAUGAGCACUGCCGUUUUCUGAAUGAAGACGGUGUAGUACAAUUAAUUCCCGAAACAGGCGCCCAGUGUUUUGUAAAUGGUAAACCAGUUACUUCAUCAGAGGUGUUGCAUACAGGUUCGCGUGUGAUUCUCGGCAAGUACCAUGUAUUUCGGUACAACGACCCACUCGAAGCUCGUCAAAGUCGUCAAAAUCUGACGAAUUUAAUGCCAAGACGAAAAUUCCUUGCCUUUUAG